AUGCCGCCUCGUCUGCUGCCGCGGCGCGCAGACUCGAGCUCCCCACAGCAGCAGCUUCCGUUCACAGGCGACGACGUCAGCGAUGUCGAAUUCUCGCAAGAGCAGCCCCAGACUGUCAAUGGCGCCAAUACCGUACCUCGAUCGCGUCCCAUAAGGGCUCCGCCUACUACCGCCAAUAUACUGUCCGGCUCAUAUCGAGAGAGGAAUCCGGUCCGGUCCUUUGCCCAUCAGGCGUCACACACAGUUGCUGGCAAUCCCCAAUAUUCAUCGCAUGGUGUUCGCGAGAGGACCGAGGAGCUGGCUUCGUAUGCCCUCAAUUCCGAGGCAUACCAAGGGCCCCGCCACCGACAGAGCUUCACCGAUUCCGAGACUGCUUCCACGAGGCGUACGAUACCGACAGCAGACCCCAUUGAGGGAAGGACAUCUUUGGACUCGUUGGAGAGGGAGGCGAUAGCAGAGGACAGUGAAGCCGAGCCGCCGGAGACGGUCAUAGCUCCGGCACGGCCAACAAAUCAGAGCUACUUUAGCCCGAGAUCAGGGCCCCGCGAUGGGUGGCAGAGCCCAGGAGCAUAUGCAAGGACCCCGAGCCCAGGGGUGCAAUUGCCGAACGUCGUGGUGCAGGACACAGAGGAGACUCCGUUGCUGCCCAAAGCUAGACUUCCUCGGACAGGGUCCGAGCCACAGCAGAAAGCCUCUAAGAUACCUUCAUCCUCUCGAUCGAGCUCGCACAGCUUCAAGAUACGCGUAGGAGAGACUUUUACAGCCGGCCGAGAACACCUCGCCCAGAUCGGACGCUCUGUAACCAACCGGAAGAACUACACGAAAGACACCGCUGUUGCCGGCGCGGUGGCGGGCAUGCAGAUGCUCUCUGCCGUUUUCCUCGGUCUGCUCUUGAACAUUCUGGACGCCCUCUCGUACGGCUACAUUCUCUUUCCUUUGGGGAGCCCUCUCUUCAGCCACACCGGUCCGGAUGGCAUAUCAAUAUUCUUCGUCAGCUGCAUCGUCUCUCAGCUGUGCUACUCUCUCGGACUGUCAGUCUUCAAGGGCGGUGUAGGGUCCGAGAUGAUCGAAGUUGUGCCCUUCUUCCACAAGAUGGCAUACUCCAUCAUGGCUAGAAUGGAGGGCAAGAGUGAUGAAGCCAUCAUUGCCACCACGAUAGUGUCGUAUUGCCUCAGUUCCGUCAUCACCGGUCUAAUCUUCCUCGGACUAGGAGGCUUCAAGUUGGGCAAUCUAGUCAGCUUCUUCCCGCGGCACAUCUUGAUCGGCUGCAUUGGGGGAGUGGGAUUCUUUCUCGUCGUGACUGGGAUCGAGGUCUCCGCAAGGUUGGAAGGUAACUUGAAUUACAAUCUGGUUACCCUGCACAAGCUGUUCGCUCGAGACACUGUCUAUCUCUGGGUCCUUCCACUCUGUCUCGCGGUCACCGUCCUAAUUCUCCGACGCGUGAUAAAGAGUCCGUUUGUUCUGCCGGCAUUUUUCAUCAUGGUCUUCGCUACAUUUUAUAUCAUCGUGAAAGGUAUUCUGCGGCUGGACCUGGAGCCUGUCCGCGGCUCCGGCUGGAUCUUCGAGAAACCUGAAGGCGGUGUCCCAUUUUAUCGAUUCUAUUCCUACUUCAAAUUCAGCCAGAUCGACGGAGCAGCUCUGGUUAGCACAAUCCCGACCAUGUUCGCGCUGUCGUUCUUCGGCAUCAUCCACGUACCCAUUAAUGUUCCGGCUCUGGGAGCUGCCGUAAAAGAAGAUAAUGUUAGUGUUAAUCGCGAGCUAAUUGCCCAUGGCAUCUCAAACACGUUGUCUGGGUUGGUUGGCAGCAUUCAGAACUACCUCGUCUACGCCAACAGCAUUCUAUUCAUCGACAACGGUGGCAACAGCCGCCUCGCUGGUGUAUUCCUCGCCAUCGCAACCACCGCUGUCUGGAUGGCCGGUCCGGCUAUGAUCGGAUUCAUUCCGGUCUGUCUUGUUGGCGCUUUGAUCUUCUUGCUCGGGAUUGAACUAAUGGAAGAGGCCGUGUGGGAUACCCUGGGCAAGUGCCACAAGCUGGAGUAUCUCACUAUCAUUGUGAUCGUUCUUGUCAUGGGGGUCUAUGACUUCGUGGUGGGAAUCUUCGUCGGCAUCGUCCUAGCCUGCCUGAGCUACGUCGUUCAAUCGUCACGUACACCAGCGAUUCGAGCGACUUAUAGCGGCGAGGUCGCGGAAUCGACAGUCCGUCGUCCUCGCGCAGACCGCCGGUACCUCAACAAGGUCCGCGCCCAGAUCCAGGUCAUCAAACUCAGCGGCUUCCUCUUCUUUGGUACUAUUGUCUCGGUGGAGGAGUACAUGCGCUCCCUUAUUGAGGAAACCAACUUCCAGAAACAGCCUAUUAGUUUUAUAAUCGUGGAUUUCUCCCACGUCACGGAUAUCGACUUUUCCGGUUCCGAAGGGUUUCAGCGCAUCAACCGCAUCCUUUGCCGCAAGGACGUCAAAAUGAUCAUCGCGAGCGUCUCGUUUGCCAGCAAAGUGGGGCAGUCUCUGCAGAAUGUGGGUUUGUUGGAUGCCGAGAAGGGCGACGAGGAUUGCCCUCCGCCGCAGGUGUUCGAGGACUUGAACACUGCAUUGGAAAGCUGCGAGAACGAACUCCUGGAGGUCUUCUACAAGCAUUGCAAAGCCCCGUCCCCGAAGCGGCAGAGGUCUCCACCGAAGGCAAUUACUUCCUCGCACAAUCUUUCCACCACCGGCCAAGAUAUCCUUAGUGGCUCGCCCGCAUCCUCCUUCGAUGUUAGCUCCCUGAAUCCCGACUUCUCCUCCCCGCGCCGCGGCGCCCAAUAUCUAGCUGCUACCAGUACGAUGCGGGAGCAGGGCAAUGAGAGAUUCUCCUUCGGCGAAGCUGAUCACGACACAGCCUCGGCUCUGCCAUCCAAGUGGAAGAACUUCGCUCAGCCCAUCAAGAUCAUGCUUCAGACGUUCGAAGAUGUUUCUUCCAAGAACGAGGACUUUUGGCAGGCCGCUGCUCCCUACUUCGAGCGGCGAGAAUAUCCUGCGGGAACGGUCUUGUACUCUCGUGGCGACGAUCCUGAUGGCUUCUACAUCUUGGAGAAGGGUCGUUUCAGGGCAGAGUAUGAGCUCGAGCAAGGAAAUUUCUACGAAGUCAUCCUUCCCGGCACGACAUGCGGCGAGCUACCCUUCUUUUCCGAGACCGAUCGCACAGGAACCGUGGCAGUAGAAAAUGACAGCGUGGCGUGGCUUCUUACGCUACCCAAGUACAAAGAGCUAGAGGAAAAGAACCGAGAUGUGGCCGCGGAGCUACUCAAAGUUGGGCUAAAGCUCACAAAAGAGAGGAUGGAUGCUAUUACUUCGUAUGUGUUUUGCCCAGCGUAG